AAAGUUCACCUACGGUACAGUUACACUAUGCAGCAGUCACUCUCACACACUGCUGGGACUCGGGGAGUGUGAGGAGUAAUGAGCCACGCGAGCAGGGAAUCGAGGACAGCAGACUGGAACAUUCAACUGCGAGCGGGGCGCUACCUCCUGCGCAUGCUCCCUAGGGGGAGAGGAGGGGACCGGCGAAGGUGUCGGCGCGUUGCCUAGGGCCGGUUGCUAUGGACUCAGAGCUCUCGGUUCCCAGACAUUAGUUCUCACCGGGGAGACAGCGAAGCUGUGGACAGCGCGAUGCGGGCGCCGUUAUGGAGUUUCCUUGUCUGUCGCUGGAGCCCCCAAAGCUGCUGCGCAGGCCUCUUCCUCCUAAAGUGUUACCUGUGCUCAAUGUAAAGAGGCCAGUUACCAUUAAGGAGAAAGGAGUCACCCCUUUAUAUAUACAACAGCAACUUCAAGAUCACUCUUCAGUACAAAGAUCAGAUUAUGACAGCAAUGAAUCUCCAACCACUUUUUCUGUGGAACAGGGAAAUCUGUUCAGCAAAAAUUGGACACUUGAUCAGCGAGCCCCUACGCCUGCUGCUAGUAGAUUAAACAGUGAUGAUUACCCUGUAAACUGGAACAGCCGUAUCCAGGGACAGCACAAGUAUGCUGUCUCUGAGCAAACACAAGAUGGAGAGUUAAUGCACAGAGGGCCCGCAGACUUCCCAUCAAAGAGGCGCCACAGACAACGAGUAGUAAAUGUUCUGCCGAGUGUUAGCGAUAGUGUCUACUACCAGCAUUCCGCUCCAGAAUUUACCUUCAAGGAUAUCAGUGCGCAUCACGCAGGAAAUGUGGCCGAUGUGACAAAUAAGCACAUGGUCUCUAGACUGAACUAUAGCAGCUUGGAAGACAGCAUUGCCAGGUUACAGCAGAAAAUACAAAACAAGGUUCAUAGUGUGGUAUUGUCAUCUUGCAGCAUCCCUGAGAUAUCAAAACGAAUCCCAAAGUAUCAACUUGCUCUAGAACAACAGCUAGCACGUAUAAAAGAGGGAGGGGUGGAAUGUAUACCAAAUAUAGGAGAUGGUUCCAUACAUCAGUUCUUUAAUUCACAAAGUUUGCAAGACUCUGGAACAUUGUAUCGGGAUCAGAGCAAAAUGAUAGCAACACACUGUGAUCUUGCAGUGUUGGAGUGCCUUGUACAUGGAGGAAAUAGUCUCAGUCUAAAGGCCUAUUUUAUAUCCAAACUUCCAGACCUGACCCCGCUACGUAACACUUUAUUUUACCUGAACUUGUCUUUUAAUGAAUUCUGGCAAUUUCCCACAGAGGUAUACAAGCUUGAACAUUUGGAGUCACUUAAACUGAGAAACAACCCAAUCAAGGAGAUCCCAUAUGGUGUCCACAAACUGAAGAAGAUCAGAACUUUCAUCAUGUCGUUUUGUUCUUUGUCCUCCCUUCCUGCUGGGUUGUUUCAACUACCAUAUCUGCAGGUGCUGGAUGUGUCCUAUAAUAACAUUACAUCUAUUUCUAAUGAUAUAUCCAAUCUCAGGGCACUAGAGUUUCUGAACGUGGAAGGAAACAGCCUGCCUGCCUUACCUUGUGGGGCACUGAAACUAAGGCUGAAACACCUGCGCGUGGGGAAUAAUCAGAUGCACCCCUUGUUGUGGGCAGAAAACACCCAAAUUGGACCACAACGCCUAAUUGAUUUAUCAGCCAUGUCAUUUGCCAAAAACAAUAUGUUUCGCUAUUUCACAGUUCCCAGAGAAGUCAAACACAUUCUACGCAGCCUGAAGAUCUGUGAUUGCUGCAAAGGAGUCCUAUCAGGGGAUGGCCUUCGCUUUAUCCGCCCUUGUAACAAAAUCUUCGGGAUCCGGAAGCUACCAUUUGUAUUUCACGCCUGCUCUCCAUCCUGUUACAGAAGUUUCAUGUCUCAGACGGACUCUCUAACCCAGCACCUCUAUGGAAGCUGACUCUAGAUGCUAUUGCUAUAGAUGAGCAGCUUGGUAACCUUACGUUUUACCACCUGUAUACCAAUAGUGUAUUGUCCAUUUAUAGAUUGCCGACCAUGCUAAAUUAUUUAAAAUGUCAGUAGAUAAAAUAUUUUAGGCAUAUUAUUGGAAGAGAGUCUGCAGCAUUAUUUAACUGCUGUAAUAGUGAAGGUUAUAAUAUGGUUAGUAUCUACUGUCAGGAUCAGUCUGUGUUUACAACAAUCUGCCAUAGUUUCAUGGGCAUAUAAUAGGCGUGAUCUGUUACAGUCAGCAGUCUCUGCAAAGGGAUGCGGUCACCAGCGAUCAAACGCCCGACAGUCGGCAUGCCGACUAACUGGAACUAUUCCCACAGGACUAUUCCCAUAGAGUGGGAAUAGAACCUGACAAGCGCAGCGAGACCGCAAGGGACUCUAUUGCGCUCACCCCCUCCCCUUCCCCGCCUUGCCAGCAUUCUGCAGUAGGGAUCCCGAGGUCAGUAUGCUAACCUCUGGGAUUCCCACCGCCGGUCUCACAACCCCAACCCACUGCAAGUGCACGCUGCUGUGUUCCCUUUUGCCCGUGACUCAGUAUCAGCCUCCAUAUAGUUAGUAAAGUCUAGAAAUAAUAGCUGGACUCUGAUCAGUAGCUCUAGGCAACACCUCCACUUUUCCUUUAUAGAAGAUUUUGGAAACCUACCCCUGACUCACAGUCACUCUAUUUAGAGUUCCUCACAAACUUAUAUCCUAACUACAUCAUGGUCAUCAAAACGUUAAAUAUCUUGCGUGUUCAGGUUAUUGGGGUGUUCCCUUGAUCUUUUUUUCUGAUUAUAAACACAAUCUGCUUUUGCACCCUACCACUGGGGGUUGUGUACGAAAUCCCGGUGCUCACUAUCCCGAUGGUCAGGAUGCCGACAGCUGCAUCUUGACGGUCAAAAUUUCGACAGAUCUCGGUAAAUCUUUUAACCAUAACCCUAACUAUUUACUCCCACAGCCAAACCCUAACUCCUCCCCCACCACCGCAGCCUAUCCCUAACCGUCACCUCCCGCAGCCAAAUCCUAAUCCCACCGCUUCCCCGCAGCCUAAUCCUAAUACUCCCUAAAGUGCCUAACCUCUGUACUUAAUUUUGUGAUCUGUUGGAUUCUGACUGCUGGGAUCUUGACAUGCUUCCCCCCACUGAUAACAUGUUGCGGGUGGCAGCAAACUCCCUGUCUGGAGAAAAGACACACUCAUCAGUAACAAGGAGAGUAUGGAAAACAUCAGAACUUGCUCUGCAUUGGGAGGAUUAUCAUUCACUUACGAUCAACACACUUAUGCUCAUGGGUGAUAUCACAUUACUGUUUUAGGAAAAUGCAGCAUUCUAUUGGCUAAUAAUGAUGCACUGUACUAAAUGGGAACCUGCUAACAAGUAGAAAUACAGUUGUCUUACAUUACCCACAAUAGGAUCCUCCUGAACACCUGACCUGUAUGUGGCUCCCAGGACUAAACUUCAGAACCUUUAUUCUAACCCAGUGUUUCCCAGACUCGGUCCACUAGGACCCCCAAUAGUUCAGUCCAAGGGGUCUAUUCAUGAAGCAGUGAUAAGAGUGGAGAAGUGAGCCUGUGGAGAAGUUGCCCAUGGCAACCAAUCAGCUGCUCCAUACAAUUGUAUAGUAUGCAAAUUGCAAAUGUUACUUCAAUGCUGAUUGUUUGCCAUGGUCAACUUCUCCACUGGCUCACUUCUCCACACUUUUCAUUGCUUCAUGAAUAGACCCCCAAUUCUCCUCACAGAAUCACAAGUGAAAUAAUUGGCUCCACCUGUGGAUUCCUAGGUGACCUGGAAAACAUGAACUGUUGAGGGUCCUUGAGGACUGAGGGGCAGAUUUAGUAAGCCUGGUGAAGUGACAAAGUGCAAGGUGAUACUGCUCCAGCCAGUCAGCUCCUAACUUUCAUUUUUCAAACCCAGCCUGUAACAUGGAAGUUGGGAGCUGACUGUCUGGUGCGUUAUCACCUUCCCCUUUAUCACUUCUCCAGGCUUAGUACAUCUGCCACUGAGUUUGGGAACUGCUGCUCUGACUUGUUUACAUGGUACACCAGAAAUGUAUAUUUGUCAUAGAGCUCAUCACAGGAACACAUCGAUUGAAUGAAGGAUUCCUGGGAGCAAGGACACUGUUAGUAGUCCUUGAAAAGCAAUGCUUAAUGCAUGCAAAAUGGUAGCCAUGAUUUAAGAGAAAUCAUUAUGGCAGGAAAGGAAAUCUAAAACUGAUGUCUGAAUAAAUUCUCAUUACAUAGGGGUCGAUUCAAUUCUCCGACAGUUUAAUAGCGCCGGGAAUUAGCUCCCGUGCUAUUCAAUACAGCGCCAAGUGAUACUCAAUUGUCAGGAAUUCUUCUCUCACUCCCGCGGGAUGCAAGAGGAAGUCCGCCAAAAGUGCUACCGCGCAGCCGGCGCAAGGCUGAUUCUGUCGGGAAUCAGCAUCGCAGCGGGGAGUUAAGUCGGAGAAUGCCCGUUCUCCCGUCAAAUCAACCUGUUAAGUAUGGGAGAACGGGCAUUCGCCGACUUAACAUGAGCUGAAUUGAAUAGCGACGGGAGCUAAUUCCCGGCGCUAUUCAACUGUCGGAGAAUUGAUAGGGUUUGAAUAAACAGUUUUAGUUGUUUAUUGUUACUAAAAUAAAUACAGAACCCAAGAACACUGAUUGACAAUAAUGGUGAGAAAGUCAGACAGCUCAUUGGGAAUUCUGUUUCUCAGUAACAGCAGAUUGCUGAUGUUUGACAAGCAGGAAUUUAAAAAAGGAGAUAUCAGCAUGUAACGCCAAACCAACCUACAGCAAAAGGCUAGUUUUAGACAUGUUUAAUGAUCGCUCCUCCACUGACACAAGUGAUAGAGUUUCAGAAGAAGUAGUGAUGCACUUCAAAACUACUGCAUACAUUUGUGUGGUUUGCAACUCAAUCUAUCACUAUUUGUCAAUAUGGAAGCAGAUAGCCUAAAGCUAUGUCCACAACGCUGUCUUUCUCAGUUGUGUACCAGAUGUGUGUAGGAGCAGAUGAGAGCAGAAAAAUGAAGUUUUCAUCCUUCUUACUCCAUUUCAUCCAAUGUGUGGGGACUACGAGCGGUCCAAAUAUUCAUCUAUUUUUUGCUUUUUUAAUCAUUAUUCUCUUGCAGUGGCAAGUUUCUCAUUAGACAGUGAGGCACAUGCCUAGGGUAGCACUUCUUAGGGGUUGGCACUUGGGUGCAUGUUUCAUUACUGUCAAUCCAGAAUUACCAGUAACUACUCAAUAUUUCCUCUCUAAUGUACUGCAGACCAGUUUAAUUUAAAUGGGCAGGACAUGGGCAGACUGCCCUGUAAGCUAUCCUAUGUAGUAAAUAUGUAUACAUAAUUAAAAAAUGAAUGAAAUGUAA